AUGGCAAAAAUUUUGAUUGUCGCCCUGGUUUUAGUAGCCGCGGUAUCAGCACGACCAGGCUAUGGCGGCGGAAUCGGGGGCGGCAGCGGUGGAUUUGGCGGCUCAAGCAGUGGCUUCGGCGGUCACUCCGGUCUCCAGGGUGGCGGAGGCGGACAUGGCCAAAGUGGCUUUGGCGGUCAAGGGAUCGGCAGUGGAUACGGUGGUGGACAUAGCGGGGGCCACUCCAGCGGUUUCGGUAGCGGAAUAGGAGGUGGUCACUCCGGCGGUUUCGGUGGCGGAAUAGGAGGUGGCCACUCCGGCGGUCUCGGUGGCGGAAUAGGAAGUGGCCAUGGAGGUCAUGGAGGAUUAGGUGGUGGCAGCGGAUUCGGUUACGGUCACGGUCAUUAA